UUUUUCAUAUUUGGUUGUUAAUGCAUUUCCCAUAUUUCUUUGUAACAAUCCAUUUGCAGAUAAUAUAUUACACAUUAAUGUAUUACGCGAGUUAUAUAUUUAACAAAAAUAUAUGUUUCCAUGUAUCUAAACGGCCUCUAAGGAAAUAUUAAUGGGAAAUAAUGAUCUCACUAAUUUUGCCCUAACAAAGAGGUUCUAUUACUUUCUCUUUCUCUCUCCCCCGCCCAACAAAUCGGUGUAUUAUACCCCCUUCAAGGUUUCCGCACAAUCUCCUGCCUAUUUAUUUGAAGCUUCUCUUCUCUUUUCUUCCAUCUCUGAUACUCUCCUCUCUUCCAUGACUUUCUCUCCGCUUCUGGUUCACCACUUAUUUCCUUCUUCUCUUUCCUCCACUCACCCUUUCUUUCUCCUCUCUCUCUCUUCUGUUGUGUUUCGCUUGUUUACUGAAGAGAGAGGAUGGAAGAGAUUGAAUCAGGCGAUUCUCGUGGGACAGGGAGUAGACUACCAUUCUUUGAUUUCUUUGGUGACUUGGAAGUGUCCAAGAUUGGUACAUAUUGGAAAGAAAACUCCUAGCCCUGUGGACAUGGACAAACCCUCCAAUGAUUUCAUGGAGAUCGAUUCAGACGAGAUGAUGAGCACGAGAGAAGAAACUACUGAGGAUGCAAUGACUCUAAAUAAUUGCAAUGGCGACGAGCAUGCUUUUGUUGCCAUUUUUCACCCUUCUUUUCACCUAACUAAGCAAACAAGAAGACUCUGCAACUUCGCAACGAUGAGCAAAAGACAAGAAACCAGUGAGAAAACGACUUUAAACAGUUGCAAUGGCGACGUGCACCCUCUUGGUGUAAUUUUUCACCCUCCCUUUCCCCUAACUGAGGAAACAAUAAGGCUCUGCAACUUCGCAAGACAAGCUACAAAACGGAAUCGUUCAUUGAAUUGCGGCCCUAGCGAUAGUUUCGUUGCGAUAAACACAAGUCGAAUGACAAACGAAAUUUCGGGCCGUUAUUCGCGCGGAUGGAAGACGGAAAACGAUGGCCGCCAUGCUGAUUGCGGAACCAGGGCGGAACACACGUUUUAUGAUGCCAUGGGGGUCAAGAAGCGGAAGGCAGAGGCUGAUUCCAUUGAGAAACCAUUCAUUUUACCACCUCCUCCUCCUCUCUCCCACUCACCAUCAUCGGAAGAAGCAAAGUAUGGGCAGGAAAGCAUUUCAAAUGAAGAAGUCUCUAAUGAAUCUUUGAAGCCAUUCUUGUCAUCUUUUUCGUCAUCGUCAGCAUUUGGCAUAGGACUAGGAUCCGAUGAGUGUGACUUAGACCUCAGAAUCAAGAGUUCAUCGUCAUCAUAGUCACAAAAUCGCAACAGUGUAACAUUCAUGAUUCAGAUAUCACCAAUAUAUGGUGCACAACAUUGUUUAUGAAAGAUAUCACCAAUAUAUGGUACACCAAUAAAAGGAUUAAGGACCUUUUAUUUC